AUGGAGGCAAAAGAUGGCUCGGUAAUCGAUUUUGAGCAUGUUUGGAAUCAUGUCCGUUGUCUUACCAACUCGAAUGCAUGCGAUGAAGAGAUCGUCCCAGCCGAAAUGAAAAUCUUUAUCAAAAAUACCCUUCAAGAUCACUUUUCAAGUGAGGUCAAAGCAUAUUUGGUAGAAAAACACAGAGAAGAAAAGUCACAAAUUGACAACGGAAAACAAACAAUAGCGCCAAACUUGUCAGAUGAUGAGCUCUUCGAAGAAGUCCCAAUUUUUUGGGCGAAAAUCAUGAAUCGAGGUGCAAAAGUCUACGAAAUACCUUCAACUUGCAAAAGUCACAGCGAUGAAUCGUCUCCUCAUUCUCCUCGUUUUCCUCGUUCCACUAAUGACGGCGAUCUCGUUGAAAUUCGAUUCGAUGCUGAAAAAUUUGAUCAAUUUGCAAACAAAUGGAAAAAGGACUAUGGAAAUACUGGAGAGGUUUUGAAGCGAGCGAAGAUUUGGAAGAAAAACAAAGACGACAUUGAAAAGGAAAACAAGAAAAAUCGCGGCUACACUCUGGUCGAGAAUUUCUUCACCGAUUUGGAUGAUGAUGAGAAAGCGAAACAUACGAUGAAAGCACAUUUUGUCACUGAUGUAAUCGAGGGAAUAAAAGAGGGAUUACCACCACGGAGAAAUUUGACGAAACCCCCGAGAAACACUCGAACGAAGAGAGAAACUCUCCCGGAAACUUGGUAUGAGGGUGCGGUGGAAGACUGGCGAUGGUACGGCCUCGUUCCACCAGUCAAAGAUCAACGCGAAUGCAAUUCGUGUUUCUCUUUUGCCCCAAUGGCCACCAUCGAAGUGCCGUUGAAUUGGGCGUCGAAUUCGGGUGCCAGCAAUGUUUUGUCUGAGCAGGAUGGACUUGAUUGUGCCGGAGCCGGUGAUUGUGAAGGCGGUGGAUACAUGCACAAAAUCUAUCAGUAUUCAAUGAGCGCAGGAAAUGCUGAUUCAUCUUUGUAUCCAUACACAGAAAGCGAUGGAACCUGUCAAACACAAAUCACGAGACGAAACCUCAUCAAGGAUUACAAGAGGUUGACAACGGUGCAACAAAUGGAAGACGCCAUUUAUUGGAAUGGACCGAUCACUGGCGCGAUUCGUGUCCCGAACUCGCUUCACUCAGCCGGCACGGGAAUCUUCUAUCCCGAUCAAACGACUUGUGAUGCAACAGUGACGAAUGGACACACAAUGGCCAUUGUGGGAUACGGAACCGAGAAUGGGAUCGACUAUUGGAUCAUUCGAAAUUCGUGGGGUCCGGACUGGGCUGAAGGCGGAUAUUUCAGAAUGCGAAAGGGUGUCGACAAUUGCGGGAUCGAGACUCGCGGUGUCUAUGUGCCGGUGAUGAUC